GGGGAGCUGGGGGCAAUGCGUGAAGUAAAUUUUUGUACUUCGAUGCUACCUUGAAUUGUAAUUAAUUAAUAUUUACUGAAUUUAUUGUAUUCACAGGGAACUAAAGGACAGUAAAAAAGAAUUAAUUUAAUGAUAAUAACGAUACAAAUAAGAAACAAACUAAAGUAGGAACGUAGAUGUGUUAAUAUUAGGUUAAGUUAACUGACAACCGUUCAUACGCAAUUUCGCGCUGAUGCAAAAUGCCAGCAACUAGCAGUUUGAAAGUUGCUGUCAUAUGUUCAAGUAAUAUGAAUAGAAGUAUGGAAGCCCAUGCUUUUUUAAGUAAAAAGGGCUUUCAUGUCGAGUCGUAUGGUACAGGAGACAAAGUGAAGCUACCAGGGCCAGCCCCAGAUAAACCAAAUUGCUAUGAGUUUGGAAUCACGUAUGAUGAAAUAUAUCAAGAUCUACUUGUAAAAGACAAGACUUUUUACACACAGAAUGGAUUGCUGCAUAUGUUAGACAGAAAUAAACGUAUCAAACCUAGACCAGAACGUUUCCAGACUUCCAAUGAUAAGUUUGAUAUUCUCGUCACUUGUGAGGAACGAGUGUAUGAUCAAGUUAUUGAAGCUUUAGAAGGCCGGACCCCUACCGAUAAUUCUUCAGUCCACGUAAUCAAUAUUGAUAUCCAAGAUAACCACGAGGAAGCCACAUUAGGGGCAUUUCUCAUCUGUGAACUCAUGACAGUGCUGUCACAAAGUGACGACUUGGACAAUGAUAUUGAUGAGCUGCUUCAUGAUUUUGAACUGAAAUGUCAGCGUCCUAUCCUGCACUGUGUGCUAUUCUACUAAGAGGCACUGUAAUAUCUGAAAGUUUAACACACAAAAGGGUAUAUAUACUAUAUAUAUAAGGGAACACUGUAUGAUAUUAUAUGAUCAAUAAACUACUUGAAAGUUA